GUGAUUAGAGAGAGAGAGAGAGUGCGGAUUCGACCAAAGGCUGGUCGACGAAUCCAAGAAACGCGAAUAAAAGUGUCUCACAGCGAGCGUUCAGCGAUCGCGCUGAAUUUGAUCUCGCCAGGCUGCAGAUGGCCUGAGCCAAUUCCAGUUCUACAUUGUAUUUAUUUCGAAUCCCUCCAGUGGCCCGGAGGGCUUAAAAUUCUUGGGUUUCCUCUAUGCUGCUUCCCAACACUAAUGUGAUUGCUCGUGGUACACACAUAUCACCUUUCAAGCGUUUUUUUUUUUUCAAAAAGUCAUUAAAUAUCAACAAGCAGCGGCAGUGUGUGAGCGUCUCUGCGGUUCAUGGCAGUGAGUGUUGCAGACAGGGAAAAGGAUCUCCGGAUGGGUCUAAUUUAACGUUUCCACUGCACGGCGCUACAUUGUAUCCAGCGAGAAUCCAAGGGAAGAUUAGGAGUGGUUCUGGUCUUCUUUCUUCCUGCAGAGUGACUUACAGUUGGUUGCGCGCGGCUAUGGCGUUGUAGGCAAUGUGAGGAUUAAUGAGUGCUUUGAAUUUGUUUAGACCUUUAAUUAUACUUGAGGCUUGAGUCCGGAGAUUCAGACGGCAAGCAAGGCAGUCGUGUGUUCUGAAAACUCUUGGUUUGUUUGUGAAUGGAUGCUAAGUGAACGAAGAAAGUGCUUAAACGCGGAUAUCCGUCUGCAAGUGCGCGUGCGGUGACCGAAAUCAUAUCGAAUCAUUUCUGCCGAUGAAAAUUUACGACAGCCUGGUUUCUAUUUCAAAAACGAAAUAGAAAAGAGCCCCGUUUGCCAUCAUCAUCAUCACACCGCGCGGUGAUCAAACUCUCGAAUAGGCUGCCGACAAAAAAAAAGAGACGCAUUCCAUUCCCGAAUGAGAAGAAGCAAAAAGAAAGGUUCGAUGAAAAUUGUGCGCUUGCUUUGCAGAAGUUAUUCGAACUCCGUAAACUCCAGUGCCCAUGUGUGUGUGUGUGUGUGUGCGUGUGUUUGCGUAUCUAAAUCUUAAAUGGUGCGACCCAUCGCAGCGUGAGGUAGUCCAAUUUGUAAAAUACAGUGAAACAAACACAAAUUCAUGUUUGAAGUGAUUUCAGUGAUUUCGUGUCGAUAAGGUGUGAUAAGAGUACUCUAAGAACGUAAGCAAGAACAAAUUCAGUUCGUUAGUUCAGAGAGUGCUGAACUUGGUUCUUCGGUAACCCAGUGUUGAUCCGAGUCCUGUUGUGCGAAACACGUUCCCGGAACAUGAAGCUCGGGAAAUCAUUCGUAAAAGUUAGUUGCAGCUGGUAACGAUGCAGCAUGCGAGCUUUUUGCACUGUCAGCGCACCCUUAGAGGUUUGCGCGCCACCGUCCCGCCCUCUGCCUCCGGGUACACGAUUUCUAGCUUUAAAAUUAUUAGGAACACCACAACCACGCACACUCUACUUCCUAGUCGAAGCAAAAAGUCGCGUUCGCGAAGUAUACGCACAAACAUGCCAUCACUUCUCCAAACAAGGCAUGCUGGACACCGAACUGUUUGGCCUAGCCGUGCUUAUAGACGGCGAGUACCUAUUUGCAGACCCCGAGAGCAAGUUAUCAAAAUACGGCCCAAAAAGCUGGCGCUCGUCGCAUACACACGGUCUCGAUGCAAACGGGAAGCCUCUCCUGGAGCUACACUUCCGCGUGCAGUUCUACAUCGAGAGUCCGCUGAUGCUGAGAGAUGAAGUGUCCCGCCAUAAUUACUACCUGCAGCUCAAGUACAACGCCACCAACCGGGAUCUGCCGAAGGAGUACUCGGAACAAUCGCUGCUACUGCUCGGUGGUUUGUCCCUCCAGGCAGAUCUCGGUGAUUUCUCGGAGGAUAACGAUGGAACCAGUGGGAGUAGCAGUACCACCGCCAGCAGCACCAGCAAUGGGGGCAGCACUGCUGGCAGUAGCACCAUCUAUAACACCAGCAGCAACACCAACGCCACCAACAGCACCGGUUGCGCCAGUACGAACAGCAGUAACAGCAACGGCAGUAACGAGUACUUCAGACCGGAAGAGUACGUCAAUCAUACGUUGCGCUCAGCGUGGGGUAUCUCUGCGCUCACGUCUUGCCAUCGGGAGAACCGGGGAAUGUCCCGCGCUGACGCCGAAACUCACUACAUUCGCGAAGCGUGCAAUCUGAACGAGGCGAUCAAUGCCCACGUGUUUCGCAUGAAGCAGUCGAAGAAUGAGACCGGAUUGGGAUCGGUAUCGCUGAGUAUCUACGCGAAAGGCAUUCGAAUCGCGGUGGAUAACGCCACGGCGACCAUCUUUAACUGGCCGAGCAUCGGUAAGCUAAGCUUCGACCGGAAGAAGUUCGAAAUCCGGUCGGGCGACAGCAAGAUCACGCUCUAUUCGGUGAACGACGACAAGAAUAAAAUGAUAUUAGCCCUAUGUCGGGAGACGCAUCAAUUUUCUAUGAAAAUUGCCCCCCGACUCACAGAAGCGAUAAAGAGGGAGGAGGAGGAGAGUAGUUGCAUCCACGGAUAUCCCUAUCUCUACUCCCGAGCACUGAAUCUCCCCUACAAGAGCAAGAGCGAUCAGCGAAUAUCGGUCAUAUCUAGCACCAGUUCGAACACUACCUCCGGCAUCGUGAGCGAUCGAGUCCACUCUGAGGAUGAGCUUGAAAUCAUGAUCAAUGAACCUCCCACGGCAACACUUGCAGCUCCCUCUACUGAGAGUCUUGCCCUGGCACAUCUGCUAGAUUGCCCGAGCGUGAGCCGACAGACUUCAUCCGUGGGGCAGGUUUCCCUGAAGGAUUUGGAGGGCACACUCGCGGCACUUUCGGUGCGAUCGAAUGUCACCAUCCGAUCGGCAAGCAGCGACAGUACCGAGGCGAAAGAUCGAUCGACGAAGGAUUGCGAGUCAUCGCCUUCGUCGCAGCACAACAUAGGUUCACAGUGUUCGUCAACAUGUAGCACAGUGGUCGUUGCUACCGACUGUCUGAGUCUGCCCCAAAGCAGCGCAAACGGGUCGACCGAGCGCCGUCAAACGUCCACUUGCAGUAGUCUCGAGCUGGGAUACAGUCACACGGCCCAGAACAGCACACUGAGCGUUGCGACCAGCAUUUGUUUGGACCACGAUAUCAACGAAGAGGAUGAGGAGACAAAUUCCGGUGUUUAUACGCUUGCUCAUGUCCCUCCAACGGAGACGAGCGGGGUGUAUACAAUGAACAGUAGUGAAAUGACGGGGCAAUCCUCCGAAAUUGCCGAAUCGGAAUCACACGAAAGUUCCCAUUACGGCAGUUUUCAACCGUGCCAGAGCGAAAUCGCCGAACCACUAGAACCGGUUGAUUCCGUGGAUGGAGACUUCCGGCCACGACUAGACAGUGAUAUGAACGAUUUCCGCAUGCGUUCGGAUUCCAACGUUUCUGCUGCGGGAUCGUUCAGGGGGGAUGGAAGUGACCCAACCGAUAACAAACACACCUUGCUCAGUGCAGAAGAGUUGACGGAUUUGAUCGUGGGUCGCGGAACUUAUCCAUCGAGGAAGACGGUGAGCCAUACGCUCGACUCCGACUGUGACUAUGUGACGCUUCCGUUGCCUCUGGAGGGAGAGAGCUAUCUACAGGGCAGCGAAGAUACGGCACCUACGGAGGACGAGUACGAUGACGAUGUGCUACCACCGGCUCCACCCAAGCGAAUCGACAGUAAUAUGCCAUCGCAGCGGCAAUCGUUGCUAAAUUUGGUCGGCUCCAGUGAUUCUCCUCCUCCACCUCCUCCGCCAUACAAUGCCCAUCACGAAACUACGGGACUUCGUGGCCCGGACAUAAGACCCGAUGAGGCACCCGUUAUUCCACUGCGAGAUCCGCCUCCCUACCCGCAGAAACCAAUCGGUAUGGUUCGUGAACGCCCCAUUCCACCGCCAAUCAUCCCCAAACCCAUCACAUCAAGCGUUCAAGCGUCAUCAAUUCCGGAAGAGGUUCCCGCUCGUUUCAUCACAACCAGGCCCCAGAUCAACAUCCUGAAAGCACAUACCAGUGUCGUUGGAGAAACUCCAAAGCCCAGCUUUGCAGCACCAACAAUCAACAACAUCAGCAACCUUUCGCAGUCCCCGAUUCCCGGUACGGUGACGGCAGCAUCGGCCGGUGGCAUUGGCAUUCCGGUUAUUCCAUAUCAUAAAAGCAUUACCUCGCCACCACCGCCAUAUCUGGAAAUGCCAAAACCACCCCAUCGGGCCUGCGUUUUGCUUCCAGUAAUCAAACCCCGUCAGUAUCACCCACCUCCGCCACCAACGAUUCCACGCCAGCCGCCACCACCUCCACCUGCUCACUCACUGGCCACAGUCUACACCGGUCAGCUGGCACGCUCCCAAAUCGAGCUGUACCAGCAGCAGCUCUACAGCGAUGUGGACUACGUUAUCUACCCCAUUCAGGAUCCUUCGAUUAGUCAGCAGGAGUAUCUUGAUGCGAAGCAAGGCUCGAUUCUGGCAGCAAUGGCCCAAAGUCCGCCGCCGCCACCCUACCUAGCAUAUCACACCGUCCGAGCGCACAAUCGCAGCUGGGACGCGUGCAAGAAUCACGCCAUAUACCGGAGUACACCCUACCUCUCGAUGGCGCUGUCAUCCAACUCCCGGUACGCGUCCACGCAAAAUUUGUCCGACACUUACGUGCAACUUCCCGGAGCGUACUCACCGAUCUACAGCCCAUCGGUUGCCAGUCUCUGUUCGUCGUACGAGCCUCCGCCGCCUCCUCCGCUGCGACCCCGGCCAAUCUCCAGCAGCUCGUCGUCCAUGUUCGUGCGGUCACGCUCCGACGACAACAUCCUGAACUCUGUGGAGAGCACCCCGAAAAUACGUCGGCUACCACCUCCCCCACCGCCACCCUAUGAAACCCGGAAGGCCAUACGGAAACCACCGAUCCCACUUCCCACGCCAUCUUCACCUUCGCCGAAAGUAACCACCACCACCAGCAGCAGCAGCAGCACUAUCGAAAAACCUCCCGAAGUACCCGCAAAGCCCACACCCACGAAACCACCCGGCCCUAGUGCCAAGCUGCAGGCGCAAAUCAAGAAGCAGUAUCCGGACUUCGAUACGCUGACCUCGAACGCCUGUAUCGACAUCAAGACACUGCGCGAGAAGAGCAAGAACCUAGACCUUCCGCUGAUUUCUGCCCUAAUGCACGAUCGUUCCCUGCUGAAGCAAACUCGGGCCUUCGUCAUGCCCAAGCACCCAAGCAAGUCUGGCCCAACCAACCCAGCGAACAUCAGCAUGACUACCGGUCCCGGCCAGCAGCAGCAGCAGCAGAACCAACUAUCCACUCCCAAGUCCAAAUAUCCGGUGUCCGGUCUGAGCACGACGCAGCUCGCCAAACCGCGCAAAUCAUCCGUCGUUAGCCAUAGGCAUCCGAACGAUAAGUUGCCACCGCUGCCCGGCCAAACCACGGCGGAAGGCAACAACUACGUUAUGGAUCCAACCCCGGCCAAACAGAAGAGCUACAGCUCCUCGCAACAACCCAGUGCCUGAACAAUCACAAACACACACACAUACACCCAUGCACGCAGGUGAUUCCCUUCAACGUGUGAGUAGUAGUAGGAAUCACUCGCGACGACUUUCACAUCUGGAAACAUAUUGUGUCAUGCCCCUUAAACUAAGCCUAUAGAUUUUUACCGCUUCGAACGGGAGAGAGAGAGAAACUUGUGUUACUCGCAUUUUUAUAAAAUGGAUGAAUAGUUUUUUUUUGUUUGUUUCGUGUAAGACGUUACAACCGGGAAAGUCGCAAGGAAGUUCUUGGAACGAGGAAGAAAAUAUGACCCCACCGACCACACUCUUUCUACACGCAAAACCGCACCAACUUUACCGAACCUAUUAUUCGUACUAUUAUUCCGUAGCCCAGUGAUAGCGAAUUCCCUGUCGUUCCAAGCUUUCUUACGAUUUUCGUUCAUAUAUUAAUUGAUGACACGCGACGAGUGAGAGAGAGAGAGAAUGAUGAUCGAAACAAUCAAUCGAAUUCAAUCAACAGUAAAUGAACGCGCGCAUAGAUUAAAAUGUAAAAGAAAGGAUACUUUUCUAUAGUGGAAAUUACUCAGGAUUUUUUUUUAUUAAAAAAGCUCUUUCAAUCGAACCUAGUUCUGUUACAUUCUCUUGGUUACGCGUAGAAACGUUAUUGUGUAAGAAUGGUGUAAAUAGGCGGCCGAACGCGGCUAUACGAUAUACCGCCGCCAAUGGUAUCUUCUCCGCUCUAUGCUAGAAUUUAUUUGUUCUAGAUUGAAGGAUACACAGAAAAAAAAAGACGGAAUGUGCGACGACGAAAACUACUUUGAAACGUUUCGGAAUAUAGAUAAUAUUCGUGCCAAAAUGUUCCAUUCUCUGUCACAUGAGUGAACGACUCCAGCGACCCUUUCCAAUUUGAAUGAAAUUUUCAACAUGCCAAUUCACGUCUUCGAAGGUACAAUCACCGUUGACCAUAGUUCUCGCUGUGCGUGAAUGAUAAUCUGCCCAGUUUCAGAUUGGCACACCUGAGGGUAGCUUGGAAAAUAUAGGAAAGCAAGUGACUGAUAACUCACACUGAAACCACAUAGUUACUGGUCGAGCGUCUAGCGAGAAAAAAUUGUCUUUCUCGAGACAGGUGAAGGAGUGUGCAGUAAAGUUUUUUCCACAAGAGCCCUUCUCAGGGCUAGAGGCAAAUGAACUGAAAAAGUUUAAAGUUAUUGUAUGCCCUCACUCAACCUUUUUUUUUAUAAAUUUCCUGAUCAGAGAUUAUUUUCGAUCAAUAUUAUUUUGCAACUUGCAGAGAAUGUGCUUCUUUAUUACGCAGCAUAUUUAUUUGAUACGGAUAAUCUGAUUUUCCAUAAUGAUUUUCAUUUUGAAAACGUGUUUAUUCCUUCCGAAAAUGCAUCAUCAUCACCAAACUCGUUCAUUCCAAGAUAGGAGUGUAUCGAAAAUGAGUUGCAUGAGUUGUACUUGUAUGUAUUUUGUACUUUCUGCUCAAACUUUUCCCCCUGAAUUGAUUUACUGAGGUCACAGUUACAUAGUUUCCAAUGGCUGUGAUAUUUAAUUUUAGUCCUGAAAGCGUUGUCAAAUCCUUUUACUUAUGUUUCAGCAUCAAUCGCAAUGCACGCAACUGGUUUCUGCAGAAUCCCUGGUUUUCGCUCUGGAUGUUUAUGCAGCACUUUGUUUUGAUGUCUUUUUUGUUUCUUGUAUGUAUUCGGGUUGUUCCGCCUUACAAUCCGUUGCACCGUCCCGUUACGUUCAGAUCCAAGUCCCAGCCCUUUUCACUAAGUCACCACGACAAACAUUGAAUCGUAUAACUAGCGUAUAUGCAACAUCAUAUAUCAAAUAUUUUAGUUAUAUACCAACAAGCGCCUAACUGGCAUAUAAAUGCAAAAAGUGGAGGUGAUAUACAUACAUGACAAUUGCUCACGAAUUAGUUUGGAUAAAUAUACGACUUACAUAUGCAUCUGGUACGACUAUUGUCAUAAGUACAUACUAUGACAUAACAUACUAAACAAAAAAAAAGAAGCGAGGAAAAUGUUCGUGGAGUUUUAAUUAUUUUUAUAGCCUCGCGAACCUCCAUUUGUAUAUAUGACAACAUUUAUUUUUCUCAAAAUAAGAACUAUUCAUUUGAUUUGUAGUGGGAUUGAGUAGAAAUAUUUGAAAUGACUGGUGGUGAUUUUGAGGAAAAUUUGUUCCGAAGGGAUUCGAAUUCCGGUUGUUUGGAUGAUAAGCAACAAUUAUCUCGCACAACUAUUAAUAUAAUUCUAGAGCAGUUUAAACUCGUACAUAUAAUACGAAAAAGAUGCAAUCGGAUACUCAUUCCUGGUCGUCUAUUGUAUUUUAGUGGAAAUGUCUUGAAAUUUAUAUAGAAGUGGUCAGGUAAGGUUCAGUGCUACGUGUUUUAAGUUUGAUUACUUAAACACGAUGUAAAAAUUUUCAUUCGAAUUUCACCAAUUUCACCAAAUUUCAGGCCUGACGAUCUAGUAGAGAUUAAUUUGUCUCCCUCAUUCACCAUUUCACCACCAGACGUCGACACUGUUCAUACGACAUCUGGGAUCUUGAUAUGUCAAAAUCCUUAUAUGAUGUAAUAUGGCCUCAAUUACGAUCUUAUAUGAUUUACUGUUGAACAUAAUUCAAUUUAUAUUUUCAUGCGACUCAGAAACUGCAUUGGCCUCAUGUGCAUAUGAGGGGCUUAGAAUGAAAGGGGUAUAAGUGAUUUCAUCGAUUUCUCUACAUCGACUUUCUCUUUUGGUCAUAACUUAGCUGCAAAUACAUUCCCAGCUGUAUUUGACAAUGCGGAAGACAGGUCAGAGCCUCAUCUAUCGGAUUAUAUAUCAAACUCAAAUUGGAACGUUUUUGCAGUUGAGUUAUUAACUGAAGAAAAAGUUGAUGAAGAGAAAUCGAUCAAGUCACUUACACUUCUUCAUUCUAAGCCCCUCAUAUAUGAUUUCGUAUAGAUCGAUUUUACGAUAGUGUAUAUCAUAAAACCGAUGUUUGUUACAUCGGUUUUAAAACUUAAGUAUUAUUGAUGAAUAAUAUCGAAAUUUUCGCAUUUUAUGCGAUUUUAGGUGUACACCAUCUAUCCUUUGAUCGACAUUAUAUAGGAUUUUGAUUCGACCUCACUUUUUAUGCCACUUAGAAUAUGCCAAUUUAUGCGAUUUAAUGUUUGCUGGGACAUAUUGAAAGAUUUAUGCCGUUUGAUGAGGUUGAUUACCUUCUGGUACAAUUUGGGAUCAACAGGUUUCUGGUUUCCUUCCUCUUCCGACAAAUCAUCAAACGAAUAUUGUUCUCCGAACUCGUUGAUGAUAGAUUUCCUACUUACCGGAUAAACACCGGAUGUCAGUUUAUCUGAACACUUUAACGAACAACUGUUGGAAAAAUCGAAAAUUGAAUUUAAUUUUCUAUGAUUUUAUUCGAACAAAAGUGAUAAAAAUCUCUGUUUUCCAGAAUAAUGAAUGAAUAUAUUCGUAGAGUGAAGCAUAAAAUAUUGAAUCAUAUCGGGUUACUAAGCUCCUACACAGCAUUAGCUUGGAUUUUGGCGCUAAAAGAUGGCAGUGUUUGCUGACAAAACCGAUACAAAUGACAUCAAACAAAUGUCGUUUUAGGGAAUAUAUCAGGUUAUAUUUGAGUACAGAAUGGCGGAAGGGGGAUUGUUUACAUGAAGCGGGAGUGAAACUGAUAACAAGCUUCCGAAAUUCUACAUUCUCUCGGUAAUUUCAGUGGUAUGCAGCUGCUAAUAGCUCUUUAUUCGAAGAAAAAACGUUUCGCAUACAGGAAAAACGGAAAGUUUCCAGUUUCCAAAGAAACGUUAAUUUCGCAUCUACUAUUUUCCCAAUAAAGUGUUUGAUUCGAACAUUCGAGGCCGAGCGUUUUCCAACUAGCAACAAUCGCACUUCGGUAAAACCUCAUUUGUUACGAUAUUGCCACUGCGCAGAGCUGAGGCCGAGCGUUGUCAUGAUGGAAUAUUGUCGACUCAUGUCUGGUCGUUUAUCGGCAACAACUCGCUCUAAACGGAUCAAUUGCUGCCUGUAACAGUCUCCAUUGAUCGUUUGAUUAGGUUUUAGCAGCUCGUAGUGGAUCACACCCUUUCGAAUCCACCAUAUACAGACCAUUACUUGGCACCGUGGAUACUCUACUUCGAGGUUUAUGUUCGUGGUUGGACGGACUAUACGAUCGUUUGCAUUUUGGAUUGUCGUAGUGAAUCCAUUGUUCGUCUCCGGUAACGAUUCGAUGCAAAAAAAACUUCCUUAUGCUCCGGUGUUCGGAAAAAAAGAAAGAUCGUUCGUUCACUCUUCUUGGAGAAUUAGUUCUUUUGAACAGUUCUUGAACAGUUGUCCAUCUCUAGUGCAAACGGUACAGGGUAGCUUGAACUAAUUGCUCUAAUGGAUGAUUAUGUUGACCAUAAAGGGGCGAAGAUCGCGAUGGGUUUGAGUUGAAAUCGUCAGUUAGCUUCAAGUAAUACAAUGCACCGAAGAAGACACGUUGAAAAUUUAAUUCAAAUUGUAGAGUGUCAAUCAUGAUUCUUUAUUUUUCUGGCAGUUUUCACUUAAGAACACUUAUAAGCAGCAGCGUUCACGAAGUGUUUUUUUUAAUGUUACUAAUUCAGAAUUCUAGAUGUAAUAGGUAGAGAGAGAGUACAUUGAGCGCGCACGCACGCACACACACACAUAACAUAACAUAACAUACAAGGAGGACAAGACUAAUGACUAGAAUAGAGAAGUGAAGCAAUACAACUUUCUAUUUAGAGGAAGCCUCUAUAUUCCGGAAGGUGAUCGAAAAAAAAAGCGAAAGAGGAUUUAUUCACUACAGAAGAGUCGCCAUAUUUAUUUGUUUUUUUUAACUGAACGAAAGGGAAGACCACAAGAUGGCAAGUGAGAGAGCGAGAGAAUGAGAACUAGAGAGAGUGUGUGUGUGCGAUACAAAGUAUUGGGAAAAGGUUCCGGAACGAAAAGAGGAAAGGAAAUAUUACACAGGGGCGAAUUAUUAUUAUGGUACACUUUUGCUCAAAUUACCUACUGUAGGAACCUCGGUAUAUAGGCGGUGCACGAAGGCAUUGGUUUAGGUUACGCAAUUUUUAUUUAAAACAAUAUUUUAGUUUUUUUUUGUUCGAAGAGAGAGAGAGAGAAAUAUGAUGGUAGCAAUUACACUUUAAGGAAACCACAGACAAAAACAAGUACGAACUGUUUCUAGGGAGUAGUGUUGUAAACGUUAUGUUUUCCUAUAGAUAUUUUUAAUAGAUUUUAUUGACAUUCUCUCUACUCUAUACAAUAUAGCUAAGGUUGACAUAUGUACAGAACAAGCUAGUGUGUAAGGCUAUUUGUAGAUUAGUUAUGAUUCGAAUUUUCUUCUUUAUAAGAAAAAAUCCAGAAAAUAAAAUCAAAACUAAAUCAAAACAGAA